AUGUCUCCGCCUACCGCGACGGACUGCCUACCUCACAACGACCCCUCACUACGCGAGUGCGAAGAAUGCGCCGCGGCUGCCAGUGCGGGCACGUCUUGUUUGUCGAUGGUUAUCCAGCGCAAAUCGUCGCGAGCGAUAGCGUCCCAGGGCAAGAAUGCGUGCGACAGUACGGUAUUCUAUUACCACGGCUUGGUCAGCUCGCCAAUCAUCCGAGGGAUGGCGAGUCUCCCAGCACAUGCCCGACUCAGCUCCAGCAUAGGCUUCGAGGCGCCCCCCAAGGCCGUGGGCGGCUCCCCGUCCUUCCUGGCUUGGCCGCGGAUGUUGGCCGGCUGA